GAUGUGACCGUGAAUCACCAGUAAAAGAAUGAGUGAGAGAGACAUACAGAGCCUGAGCAAAUGGGUUUUCGUGCUCAGUCUCUGCCUUACCACGCUGUGGGGACGUCUGACGCUGGCCUCCACGCAUCAGCACAGAAGCCAUUCAGUGCACGUGGAGCCGGGCACGUGCGAGGUCAUCGCGGCUCACCGGUGCUGCAACAAGAACAAGAUCGAGGAGCGCUCCCAGACGGUGAAGUGCUCCUGCUUCCCAGGGCAGGUGGCAGGGACAACACGGGCAGCUCCCUCCUGCGUGGACGCCUCCAUCGUGCUGCAGAAGUGGUGGUGCCAGAUGGAGCCGUGUCUGGACGGGGAGGAAUGCAAAGUGCUGCCUGACCUGUCGGGAUGGAGCUGCAGCAGUGGCAACAAAGUGAAGACGACCAAGGUCACUCGAUAGCCCCCGUGCAGGGUGGCACAGGCUGAGCAGCCUUGCCAUGGGUCCUGGUGCUCCCGUGGGCAGCAGGAUGUGGCCCUGCAGAGGGGGAUGCUGCAGGGCUGCCAGGCUGCACCCGUCAGCAGGACUGUGACACUGCUGGAUCAGAGCAUCCUCUGCGCCCCAGCUUCCCUGGAGGCUGCAGGCAGGGAUCCCAGCGCAGCUGCCAGCAUCCCAUCACUCCACGGUUUCCUCCUUUUCUGUGGACACGUUCACCAACCAAGAAAUGGGCUCGUUUUCUAAUCCUCCUAAAUAAAAUACUCCCACUAUGUAAGAGCUGUUGACAAUGCAGAGACAGACAGGCAGCAGGCCCCCAAAAUGGGCUUUAAUUGGAAUAGCUGAAAUCAUUGCUGUGAGUCGCCUUUCCCCCCAAGAUGCUGAAUCCAGGUUGCAUUGGAAUUGGGAAAUCAGUGGUUAUGUGAAACCCUUCCCCAUGUGGCUCCUAGCCCUGGGGUUCCUGGGAGCAGCUGCUGAGCUCCAGCCUGAUCCUGAGUCACUGAGGGCUGCUCUGCCCUCGGAGCCUGGCCUUUCCCUGCCCCACCGCUAUGACCACAGGCAGCAGAUGUGGCAGCGUGGUCAGAGGGUGUCUGACACCCUGUUGGCUCCCAGGGAUGGUGAGAUGUCUCCAUGGUGCAUGCUGCUGGUUUCUCCUUCCUCAGUAAUUGCAUUAUUCAGGUUGCAAAUUUAGUAUUUUCCACCAUGCAAAUCCCAGGCACUGAGUUUCUGCUUGUGUUUGCAAUUGAAUUUCAGACUUGUGUGAGGCGACCUCUCCGUCUGCAGCUCUGGGGUGUCUGGGGCAUCAGAAAGGGCCUCUGACCAAGCUAGAUUUUGUUGUAGUAAUCCCAAAUAAAGAAAAAUGUACCACCUUCUGGCCCUGAGCUCAUGACCUUCUCCAGGACACGCCAUUUCCCGUGGUGUGGCAACUCAAGGUGGGGGACAAUGUGAGCUCUGUGCCCCCAGUGUCAGAGGUGCUGGGGACCCUGGGGCUGUGGGACCAGCACCUCUAGCCCUGCUCUGUGGCUGCUCUGGGACCCUGCAGGGGAUGUGCUGGUGCAGGAGGGGCUGGAGAUGGUGUGAGGACCAUGGCAGUGAGGGGGUCCCUGCUGUGCUUGCUGCCACCUGCCUCCUGCCCUGGCUCCCUCCACAGGACUCAUUAUUGAGAUGUUUUUGUAAUGGGGUACGUAAUACCCUCUCCAGAUGCGAUGUAAAUACCGGACUGUGAAAUAAUAAAUUCAUUUUAAUCUCUGCAAAA